ACUGAUAAUAACAGCGAGAGUUCUGCCGUCUCAAAUAUCUCGAACAUUACAUUUCUGAAUUUUAACCAAACAAUUGUGUACUGCACCUUUAUUCUGUUGAAAUAUUUUGGUUGUUCUUUUGUUUUUGUUAAUUGAAUGCAUAUCUUUUAAAUACAAAGCAAUAGACAAGGCGAUACUGUAUGUUUGAUACUGGUCACAUUUCCGUCAGACCACAGAAGUGAGUUGCAAACGCAUCACUGUGAUUUAAUUUCCAAAUCACAAAUUACGAGCAUCGACAACAGUGGACAUAUUGCUAGACGAAAUCCGUUAUAAGAAAACACAGGCUGUCCUCCAAAACGUGUGCCGUCAGCCGGUCACCAUGAAGCCAACCCAGAGGGUCAGAGGACAACGCAGCUCUGGGCAGUUUACAGGCCAUCCUGCAGCCGCCCGGCCAGUCUGCAAGGGUCGCUGGUGUGCGAUGAGCCGAGGACACCCUUACCGACCAAGCCCCCUCCCGUCCCCCAAGCGGCACUCGGCCAAUUGUGCGCCGCCCCUGGGAACUCCCAUACACGAUAGGCAGUGGAACAGACUGUAGUCGAAACUGCGACCUCCAGGCAAUAGUGCACACCAUGCAUUGCAUGUGCUGAAACUUUUUUUCAGUGAAAAAACUUGGAUUUGAAAUGUGAAAGAAGUACAGCGUUUAAUUUUUUUGGUAGAAGCGGUUGAAGCUGGCACUGUAAUUGGGGGUAUCAUUGUGAGCCACCCAGAGGCUAAAGGGUUAAUUGUACCCUGGCAUUUUUUUUAUUUUUUUUUUAGCAAGAUACAAAGAUUAUACGUUGUAAAUGACAAACCAUUCCUGCGUUUAGUUUUUUGGGUAGGAGCAGUUGAAGCUGCCACUAUAAUGUAUUAUUUCAUUUAAAAUUUUUAUUGGAAAAAGGCCAUAUGAGCUAUAAUUAGCUCGUUUCCAAUGGCGUCCAACAGCAGCAAAUUACAAUCACAUAAAACACAUAGAGUACACAUUUAAAACUCUACACAACAUCAUAUCCAUACACAGGGCUUCUUCAGAUAAUGAAAUUUAAGCAAUAAUGAAAUUUAAGCAAUGACACGGGCCAUACAACAAUCUGAGUAUUUAAAAGUAUUAACUCUCUGCAAAAAACUUUUUCUGCAGACAGUAGGUAUUUCCUUAAUGAAAAUAGAAAAUAAGAGGUCCAAGAAUUGACCCCUGAGUGGCACCUUAGGAUACAGGCAUAUAAUCAGACUUUUUUCUGUCAAAGACAACAGCUUGGGAAUGCUCUGAUAAAUAUGAUUCAAACCACAGCAAUGUAGUAUCCAGUGUACAGUGAAUACCAAAUUAAAAACAACUUCAGCCUGGUCUUGAAACAUUGAUACCGUCCCUAAAUAAGAUGACAUCUUGAAACGCACAUCAAAAUAACAUCAAGUCCUAUCUAAUCAUUCUAUGGAUGGAUCAUUCUCCUGUCAUCGAAUAGAGAAGGGAAUAUCAAGAUAAGAUACUUAAAGAGUAAGUGGAAGAAUUCUGAUAUUUGGGAGUGUGGUUUGAUAAAAAAAAAAAAAAAAGUUGAGUUGGGGAAAACAGAUAAAUACCAUAAUAGAUCAAUGUAAAGUUAAUAUGCUAAGAAAUAUUUCAGGCACAAGUUGGGGAGCGAAUACAUCCAGUAUGAUGACUGUAUACGGAGGAUUAAUAAGGAGUGUAGGAGAUUGUGGAAGACAGAUACUAAUGGGAACAUGUAAAAACAAGAUGAAAACUUUGGAUAAUAUUCAAGCUAAAGCAAUAAGGGUGUGAGAUCUGCUCUGCAGGGUUUGGUAAAUGAGAUGCCGUUGGAAUUCAGGAGGAAAUUAUUAAGCAUUAAAUACUGGAUUAAGGUUCAUUCUCUACAUAUAGUAUUUCCGCCUAGGAUAAGCAUGGAAGAUAAAUGGAUAAAUCACUAUAAAAAGGAGAUUUGGGAUGCAAAUGGGAGGAUGUUGGGUUUUGGGAUGCAGCAAUGGAUAAAGGAGAUAAGAAUUGAGAACCUGAAUUUUGUAAAGCAUGUUCAUUUGAAUGUGCUACCAGAAUGGUAGGUGGACAAACCAAUAUGCUGUAUAGACUUGAGUGAGCAAGUGAAAACAGAAGGGGGAAAAAUGGAAUUGAAAACAAAGAGACAAGCUUUUGUAAAGGGUAAGAGUACAGAGACAUUGUGUUUAUGUACAGAUGGAUCUAAUGAUGGCGUAUAGUAUAUCAGAACUGGAUAGCUGUAAAAUAGCUAGACUGCCUGACCAUUUAUCAGUUUGGUAGAAAUGGCAGUUAUUUUAUUUGCGACCAUUAAAAUAGCAGAAUGAAUCCCUAAGAAACCACAUCAUAUUUACAGACUCAUUAAGAUUGCUUAAUGCUUUUAAAUGAGAUUGUGUUAAUAGGAAGGACAUACUUUUUGAGAUAAUUCAAAGUUACAAGGAAUGUACAGUAAAGGGGAUUGAAGUCAGGUUAAUAUGGAUUCCUGGGCAUUCUGCUACACUGGGCAAUGCAAUUGUAGAUCUAGCAGCAAAAAACAAUGGGUUAAACAGUGAGACGAUUGAUGUGGUGAUUCCUCAGAGAUCUCAGGACAUGGGAGUGUUUGUCAAACAAGCAAUAGUAAAAGAAUGGCAGGAGAGACGGGAUACCAAUGUAGAAGGAAGGGUUAGUAUAACAUCCAGAAAGAGGUUAAUACGGGUAAAUAAGGAACUGGGCAGUAGUAGCUUGUUGAGAAAAGGGAAAGAGGAAGGGAGGCGAGAAAGAAAGGAAAAUAAUUGAUUAGGCAAACAGGAAAACAAGGACUUUUAUAGAUGACAAAUUAAGAAGUUAUAGAGAAAAAAAGACAAAUGAAAACAGACAGGGGGCGCUACUCAUCAAACUGUAUAGAUGGAAUGUGCUCCAAAAAAAAUAAUUAAAAAAAGAAUCGAGAAGGGGCGGAGAGCGCUGACGUAUGUUUCGGCUUCUGAUCUCUGCCUGUCAACCUAGCUGCCCCAUGAUGGCGCGCUCGUUUUGUGUUUGUGAUUCUUCCCUGCUUACCGCCUUCCUCAUGAGGCAGAUCUGGGCCAGAGUAGCCCGGAGAAGUACAGAGCACACAGGCAGGAGCUACAGCACCAAGCCGGCGCGACUUCCCAGGAUGGAGUACCAGGACGCGGUGUGCACCCUCAACACGCUCCAGACCAAUGCUAGCUACCUGGAGCUGGUGAAGCGGGAGCGCGGACAGCCACAAAUGCAGCUAGAGGCCAUGAGACUGUUCUUGCAGCGCACUGGCCUGAGGGUAGAAGAUUUGGACCAGCUCAAUAUUAUCCAUGUGACUGGAACAAAGGGGAAGGGAUCGACAUGCGCAUUCAGUGAACAGAUUCUCAGGAACUGCGGCCUUCGCACUGGCUUUUACAGUUCUCCACAUUUGGUACAAGUCCGGGAGAGAAUCCGAAUCAAUGGGCAGCCAAUCAGCAAAGAGCUCUUCACCAAGUACUUCUGGCAGGUCUACAGCCGAUUGGAUGAAACCAAGGAUGCUCACUACGGCUCCAUGCCGGCCUACUUCCGCUUCCUCACCAUCCUGGCCUUCCACGUCUUCCUGCAGGAGAAGGUGGACUUAGCCCUGAUAGAAGUUGGUAUUGGAGGAGCUUAUGACUGCACCAACAUCAUCAAGAAGCCCUGGGUUUGUGGAGUGUCCUCCCUGGGAAUCGACCACACCAGCAUCCUCGGGGACACCAUCGAAAAGAUCGCCUGGCAGAAGGGGGGCAUCUUCAAGCCUGGAGUGCCAGCCUUCACAGUGAAGCAGCCGGAGAGCCCCAUGAAGGUGCUGGCUGAGCGAGCGCAGGAGAUCGGGUGCCCCCUGCAGGUGUGCCCGGACCUGGAGCAGUACGACUCUGACAAGCAGCAUCUGCAGCUGGGCCUGGCGGGGGAGCACCAGAGAUCCAAUGCCACACUGGCACUGCAGCUGUGCCGCAGCUGGCUCCAGCGCCGGGGAGGCCACGAAGGUUUCCUCUCCCUCCCGAAGACGGAGCUGCUCUCGAGUCACUGGCCCGCCCUGGCUCCAGCCUUCCAGCCCAGCCCAGCCAUGGUGACAGGGCUGCGAGACACCAAGUGGCAUGGCCGCAGUCAGACCAUAAGGAAUGGCCCAAUCUCCUACUUCGUGGACGGGGCUCAUACCACCCGCAGCAUGCUGGCCUGUGUGCGCUGGUUCAGAGAGGCUGCAGCAGAGCAGGAGAGGACUGCAGAGGGGCCAGUGGUGCGUGUGCUGCUGUUUAACGCUACGGGGGAGCGAGACUGUGCAGCGCUGCUUAAACUCCUAGUGCCUUGCCAGUUUGACUUUGCUGUCUUUUGCCCUAACAUACCUGAGACUGCCUCCUCUAGUAACGCAGCAGACCAGCAGAACUUCAACGUAACAGUGGAGAACAUACUGACGCGUUGCCUGGACAACCAGAAAAGCUGGUGGCAUCUGAGUGAGCAGGGGGCUGGGCCGGGGGCGGAGCUUCUGCUGCCCGGGGGGCUGCCCUUGGAGGAGGGGGUGCUGCGACGGCGGGGGGCCGAGCCUCUGGUAUUCCCCUGUAUCCUCAGCGCUCUGCAGUGGAUCACACAAGGACGGGACCCCCAGCUGCCCUGCGAUAGCAAGCCCAGGGCUGGCUCUGCAGCUAGAGCUCUGAGAGAGGCGGGGGCUGUACAGGUGCUGGUGACAGGCAGUCUGCACCUGGUGGGAGGGGUCUUGAAGCACCUGGACCCCUCCUUAUCUUAACCCCCCCAUUCUCAUCUAGCCCCUCUCAGCUGCAACACUGUUUCCAGGUGUCCUUCUGAUGCUACUGCAGUGAGCAGCCUGGAUAGUGGCAGCAAUCUGGGUAGUAAUCUCCCUGUCAGCAGUGCAGGGGUUUGGUCUACAACUCCAAAGAGUUCACACAGGACUUAUUCCACUUCUUUCUAUCGCUUCAACUGGAAGCAAAACGUGAGCCCCAAGUCGUUCAUAUGGAUCUUUAUAUAGAAAAUAGCACUGUGCAUUUAGUGUAUUUAUUUCUCAACUCAUAGUUUUUGAAUACAGGGAGUGUUGCAUUGGCCUUCACGCUCCUCGCUGGAUAAGGAGGACAAAUCACAUCACUAGGCUACUGGCCAGACCCUGUGAGCUCAACUGCAGCUAGUCUUUUCUUAUUUUAUUUGAAAUGUAAUCUUACUUUCAGCAAGCAUUAGGACACUGGCAUUCUAAGUAUCUAUUGAAGGGUAGUGCAUGUGUACAGCAUGCCCUGCAGUGUACAGAAUCGUUAUGGAAACAGGUUUCCCUUCCAUCCUGCCUUUACUUCUGAUGCCCAUAAAACAUGGGCACAACAUUCAGGUUUAUGAAAUAAUAAUUAAAUUAUGAUAUGCAAUAAUUCAGUUAUUAUAUGCAGCCACCAGGUGGCACCCUGGGCCAAACAAUGUCCAGUGUAGUACCUGUAAACCCAUCUAAGUGAAUUUGCCUGUGUCGUUUGUGCCUCUGUGCCAGCGCCUAAACGUAUAACAGGAGUGCUCCUUAUGUUCACUUUCUAAACAUAGCAAACAGGUAUUCUUUAAGAAAUAGAAGAAUUCUAGAUCGGCAGCUGGCUUAUAAGAGAACAUUUCAAAUAAAACCCUGCUGUCACAGAGACACUGGAGAUUAAUGCAGUGCACAUUUGAGAACCGUCGAGCUGUCUGAAAGUGUGUGUUGUUGCCAAGAUGCAGUUAUACCGUGUGGGAUAUAAAUACUGAUCACUAUCAAGAUGCAUCAAUACUGUGUAGAGUUUCUAUACUGAUUGCUGUAAAGAUGCAUCAAUACUGACUAGGGUUUCUAUACUGAUUGCUGUCAAGAUGCAGCAAUACUAUGUAGAGUUUAUAUACUGAUUGCCAUCAAGAUGCAUUAAUACUGUGUAUACUUUAUAUACUGAUUGCUAUCACUGGCCCCUCUUGUUAUUCCUAGAUUUAUUUUAAGCUACAGUUGCAAUGGUUUUGAAGGGGGGAACUGAGACUCUUUCUGUUGGUCUCUUCGGAAGAACUACCCUUGUGUUUGAAGCUUUUCCCAGGCUAGCUGUGUGUGAAUGCAACGGAGAGCUGUGGCUCUUCAUACUGGAUAGUCCACGUGUCUAGCUAGCUGUGGUGAAUCCACUACACCUUGGAAACAGGUAACUGUGACUCUACCAGAUAGCCCCCAUUUCCACUGAGCUGUGUGUCUUUAAUUCAGAACUGGAUUUAGAAAGUUAAAUGGGUGUUACAGACUGCCCCAAAGACAUGUUUCUGUCUGUUUGGUCCAUGUCAUUCGGAGUGCUACUUGUUAAGUUGACUACACUUUCAAUUGGCUUGAUUGGUAGUAUGACUGGUGUAGCUGAGGGUUAGGUGGGAAUUCUGAGUAUUCAUGUGAAGUUAGAGGACUGCAUCCAACAGACCACUGUUUAAAAGAUUUAAGACCAACUUCGUAUUUGUAUUUUUAUUUUUUAAAGAGUUAUACCGCUGAAAGAAAAGCAGAUCUGCAGUGGGAUCUGUAAGAAAACAGUUCAUGAUCCAAAUACCACUGUCCUUUUAUCUGAUGCUGACUGCCAUAAGUUAGCUCUGUGUUACCUAUGGGAAGCAAAAUGAAAAUGUGUAAGAGAGGAAGGACACUCUUUUGUUUUACAUUGUAGGUGUUUAUUGUGCACUGGUAGCAUUUUACAAGAAACACCUAUGGAAGAUUGAGCCUAUUUUUAAAACCGUAUGGAGCAACAAAAACAAUGGAAAGGAUGUGAAUAAAGUACCACUGUCUUUUUCAAUCCUUUAAAACGGGGCUCUUCCAUUAUACAAAGGGUAACUGUAACAGUCAGUGCCUGUAAAAUGCAAAGGGCUUAGUUACAGUGAUCUACAGCAAUGUUUAGAUCUGCCAUCAUUUUGAAUGGAAUAGACCACACUGCGUUGAUCCCUGGGUGGGCAGAAUUGAGUCUUAGCUGGUCCAUUAAAAUGCUGUGCCAUAUGACAGCGCUGGAGCUGAUACGGAUGUUCAGGUGUUCACUGGCUUUAGGAUUCUAGAGCUGAAAUCACUGUAUUAAGUCAGUACUGUCUAAUUUGUGACCUAAAUGAAAUAAAUAAUACAACUCUGCAAUGACAACUCA